UAACCUUCUUUAAUUAAAACAUAAAUCAAUAAAUAAAUGAAUAAAUAAUGAAUGAAACACCAAUGCAAGGCCACAGGCUGAACGGUCACAACGUUACUCUGAAUGAGUUGGAAAGUGAAGGAAUGGAUCAUUUUUCAUUCUAACUUAGCAUUUUUACAAAUUGGCAUAGGUAUUAAUAAUAAUUGAAAUAAUAAUUAUUGAGUUUAUUAUUAUUAUUAUUAUUAUUAUUAUUAUUAUUAUUAUUAUUAUUAUUAUUAUUAUUAUUAUUAUUAUAUGACACACUGUAACUAAAUGGUCUAUGUGAAAUGUAUGUUCUCGUUUUCAUCACUACCGUCCCGAAUGAUGGCUUGUAGAUAAAAUCAGCCGCAGGAAGAAAAUUUUGCAAGUGUCAUAUUUGAUGCUCAAAGAGGACUGCAUUGCUCCUUCUGUUCAUAAGAGUCCAUUUCAACGUAUCUGAGUCUGUGAGACGGGGAACGAAUGGGAGGGGUGGCUUUAACCCAAAUGACCGAUUACAUAACAUCCUAAAAGAUCACUACAUACAGAUAACAGAAAAACAAAUAAGUCCCAAAACAGCGAAUGAGUGAAUGAUACCAGUUCUCCCCGUGCUCCUUUUCUCUUCGUGGGAAUGAUGCUGAUAUCGCCAAAACCUCCAGUCCUCUGAGUGGAUCCAGGAUCAAUGAAAGAGAGAGAGAGAGACGGCGAGAGAGCAGAGAGGGGUGUCUGCGUGUGUAUUUUAAGCCACAGCUGUUGAGCUACCCCAAGUACGUGCUCAACCCCAGAGAGACAAGCGGAGAGCAGAGAGGAGUAUACCGUCCGUCUCUUCGCUCUGCGGACGCGCGUGUAAAACCCAUCAGCUCCCGGAUUUGCUUCCAACUUUCCCGUUUUUAGCUCGCUGAUCUCGUCCUUGUCGCAUUCCUCCUAACGUUUGGAAUGACCACUUUUCCCGCCUGCGUCGUUUCCAUGUCAGCAUGGGAACUGCCGUGUCCAAAAGGAAGAAUCUGAGAAACGAUGCGAUAUCUUCCGUGGCAGCAAAAGUUAGAGCAGCGCGAGCAUUUGGAGAGUACCUGUCCCACACGCACCCUGAAAACCGAAACGGAUCAGCUCAUCUUCUGUGUGAAACCUUGGUGGGUCCUGAUCCAGAGUCGCCAAGAGACACGACUGGACUCAACAUCAACAACACUCACCUUCCUCCCUGCUCCUCUGCUAAAGGCUGUACGAACAAACCAGAUUCUAUCCUGGCAAAGGAAAAGCUGGGCCUAAUCCAGCCUGCUCUCCCAUCCAUCACAGUUUCUACCAAGCCGACUUGUCGCUCGCUUGAACAUAGCUUCGCAGCAGAGGAGGACCAGAAAUCGUCAUUUGAGUGCACCCGUGUGUACACCAUCUCUUCCCAGCACGGCAUGCUGAUGAGCAGUGGCCGGGGCAGCAAAGAGAGCCUAGAACUGGACAUCCUGAAGGACAAGUCGGGGAGCGGUGGGGUGGGGUCUAGAGGUGGCCCAAUCCAGCCCUCCACCUCCCCAUCCUCUGCCUCGUCAUCUCCAACCCAGUACAUCCGCUCGAGCAGCAGCCGAGGCAUCAGCAGUUGUAGCCGCAAUCACCACCACCACCACACCCCUGUCUCUGGAAUAAACGCCUCCUCUAGCAGUGGUGGAAUCAGCGGGGCAAGCUGUAGCAGUAGUCACCAACAGCAGCAAGCGGGUGCAGGAUCCCACUCCCACCACCACGCCCAUCAUCACCAUCACCUAUCCCAGCCACCGCUACAGACCUCCGUCAGCGCGCACAAUAUCCGUAGCCUUGGUGAAGGCGCGAAAGGAGAAGCAGAGUGCAGCGGGCUUGCUUGCGACUCGUGCAGCGGCACCCCUUCGCGUAGCCAGGGGUCACUGGACUUGGAAAGUACAUCCAGAGAGGCAGGCAAGCAGCACCGACGCCUAGAGCGGAUGUGGAGUGUGGACCGAGUGACUGGGCUGGAGAGAGAGGACACCAACUGGUUCCCCAAGGAAAACAUGUUCACCUUCCAAACAGCCACAACAACAAUACAAGCGAUAUCGAACUUCCGGAAGCAUCUUCGGAUGGUGGGAAGCAGAAGGAUUAAAGCGCAGACAUUCGCUGAGCGUAGAUCGAAGAGUUUCAGCCGUUCCUGGAGUGACCCCACCCCAGUCAAGACUGACUCCCCUCAUGAGGCUAAAGACAGUGGAGACCUGCAGGCCUCCACUAACGCCCUGGAGGAUGGAGCCCUUGAUGAUGCUCUAGACUGGGAGGAGGAGAAAGAGAUGGAGAGGCUGGCCUGUGAAGGAGAUGACUUUGUUCCUCCCAAAAUUAUGCUGAUCUCUUCCAAAGUUCCAAAAGCAGAAUACAUUCCCACCAUAAUCCGCAGGGAUGAUCCAUCUAUCAUCCCCAUCCUCUAUGAUCAUGAACAUGCAACUUUUGAUGACAUUUUAGAGGAAAUAGACAAGAAGCUCACAGCGUACAGGAGAGGAAGUAAAUUCUGGAGGAUGCUUAUCUUCUGUCAGGGAGGCCCUGGUCAUCUGUACCUACUGAAGAACAAGGUGGCAACCUUUGCUAAAGUGGAAAAAGAAGAAGAUAUGAGCCAAUUUUGGAGAAGAUUGAGUCGCUUUAUGAGUAAAGUCAACCCGGAGCCAAAUGUGAUCCACAUAAUGGGAUGCUAUGUUCUGGGAAACCCCAACGGAGAAAAGCUGUUCCAGAAACUGAAGAAUCUGAUGAGGCCGUACUCUGUUGAGUUUGAAUCACCGCUGGAGCUGUGUGCACAAGGCAAGGAAAUGAUUGAGAUGUACUUCGAUUUUCGCCUUUACCGCCUUUGGAAGACGCGCCAGCACUCUAAACUCUUGGACUACGAGGACCUUUUGUGACAAAGACAUGCUGACAAAGAGUGCAGCGGUAGCCCAACAGUGCCAAGAGGACACUGUUAAAACUGACGAUCCAGUGGCAGAACAUAUCUUAAUUGUCAGGUUGGGGCCGACAGCUUAAAAAAAUAAAAAGUCGUACCUGCUUUAAUGCUGGUGAAGGCCGGAAGUGGAGGAAAAGCAGCAGCAGGACAAUGUAGAACAACGAAGGGAAUGAGAAAAAAUUGAGGAUAAACCCCAACAAAGGUGAACUAUCCAUAUCAAACCUGUCAAAUCUAUUUUUUUUUGUUUAUCACUUGAGUUUCAAAAAUAUAAACUGAUGAUUAAAAGUGUAUACAUAUACAGUUUUUGUCACACUGUUGUUGCAAUGCCAUGCUUUCUGGGGGCAAUGUGCUUCAGACGAAUUGCUGUAACUCAUCCUGUCUCAAUGUGGUUCUGUGUUUUGACCUCUCAGACUGGCCCCUGAGACACAUCGGUAAUGUUAAAGUGUGUAUAGUUCACAUGAAUAUAUUAGUAUAGCCUUAGUCAUGCAAAUAAUACUCUAUAUUGGAUCAUCGUUUAUUUUUGAAGUGCAUUGUUGUGCAGUUUCAUAUGGAAAUACUUUGAAAUAACUCAGGUUUUUGCCAUGAAUUUAAUGAAUCUGUCUAUUCUAUGAUGACAUUGUAAUAUUCAACGCCAUUGCUUUGAAUGAAUGUAUUAUCUCUCUAGAGAUUUGUGGGAAUAUGAAUGUUUUGUGAGGAAAAAAAAGUUUCGAGUGUGUUUUCCAUUUAAAGUAAGUGUGCAUUUUCUCUUAAAUCUCCUUUAAGCAAAAAGAAUAAUUACCAGCAUUGCCAUAAAUAUCCCUUUGUCAUGUCUAUUCAAAAAGGAUGACAGUCCAGCGUGACUCAUGAUGUCAAAGGAUGUAACAGCCAUCCAAGGGCUCCUACAACUGAAGAGGAGUUUCCCUGAUGAUCAAACCUUGUUCUUUUGCAGCGGGAUCAGUCCUAACAAUAGAAGCAACUCCUUUUUUUCUGCUUAAAAUACUCUUGCUGCUCUUAGUAAGAGCCAAACGAGCCUCCAGCACCUCUGGCUUUAAAGACCAGAGUUUUCUGAAAUGGAGAAGUCUACCAGAGUAUGAAGUUGUGAGCCUCACUGACGGGUGUCAACUUAUUUAAAAAGACCAGAAAUGUGCACUCUGAGACAAGUCGAACAAUUCCAGUUGUUCCAGACAGACUAACAAUGAUGUAAUCCACACAGAUGCAGUCAUACAUGCUAGGGCAUAGACCAAAAUUCAUUUAGAGACAAAGUUAGAAGGGCACAGGUAACACAACCUAUAUAUAAUUCAGCUGGUGUGCUUGUCAUGAGCACAACUGCGAAUAGAAACAUACUUCUGAUAUCCGCUGUGGCUCAGGGGGAAGAUUUCUGAGGGAAAUAACACAGAUGUCCUCUCAGCAAUGGCUUUAGACUUCAAAUUCAGUCGGAUUCGUUUGUCACAACACUGGUUGAGUGGACAUGUGUGAGAGCUUAUCGGCAGUAUGUAAAGAAUGAAAAUGCUGCCGUGUUCCAGAGCAGAAAGUGAAGGUUGAUUAAUUAAAGGUGGUAAAUUAGGAGUUAAGCCAAUUAAAAGGCACGUACACCUGACACCUAAAAUUGUAGAUGUUGGCGUUAUAUCACCCAACACAAUAUAAAGGAAGCUGCCCUUUUUAUUUCUCAGUUAAAAUUAUAAGAACUUAAUUCUUGUCUUUGAGAUUUUUUUUUUUUUUUUUUUGGCACCACUGCCAGUGAUCCAAAUUCAGCUUUUAUUGCAGUUACAAAAUCUUUACAAACUUUUCAGUGUGAGAAUAUUAUCCAAUGGCUGGGUGAGGGGGUGGAGGGGUAUUUGGGACCUAUGUGAGAUGCUAUUAAUAACCUCCUAUAGCAUUUCAUAUUAUUGAAGCAAAUAAUGAAGGGAAUUUAAAUGGAAGAUGGUCCAGGUUUACGUUAGUAAAGGUGAUCAUUUUUCUUUUCCUCUUCCCAUUUAGAAGUUUGUUGGCAAUUAUUAUUUCUAUGUUCGUUUUUAGUUGGGGUUUUUUCACACCCUGGUUAAACGUGAUCAAAUCCAUUACUGGAGUUUUUUGUUUUUUUCCAAGCUAGAGAUUAUGUUACUGCAAUAAAAGAUGGAUUUAUUUUAAGGCUUUUUAUACGUCUUCAACAGGUGAGCCAGUAACUUUUGCAAAUGCUGCUUUUAAUGUCAAAGGAAAUGUUAGUUUUAGAUUGAAAAUAUGAAAAACUUUCUAUAAGAGCUUUGAAUAAAGCUUCAAGCCCUGGGGCAAAUCCUUAUAUCCCUAUGAAUCUUUUUUAUCUUCAAAUUCUAGUACAUUGCAAUGUAGAAAUAUGAAAUUCUUGUAUUUUAGUUAAAAAAAACAAACAAAUUAAAUCUCUAAAGUGACUGUUAGCUGCUUUGGUUUUUAAAAGUAGGGUCUUGGGUAUUGACAAAACCAAAUUGGGAUUCUGCCUUUUUUGCUUUGCUUGCUGGGUCAGAGAGAAUAUUUACUGACAAAAUGUUUUAAACAAUGUUUAAUUCAAGAUGUUUAAAAGGCCACAGUGCAAAACUAAUCCAAUCACAGCAGUUCCAUAACAACCACCAAGAUCUGUUAUGCUGCAAAGAGCAAGAAAGUAAAAUUUAAAUAAGCGUUUGCAGACAAGAAGUGGGUGGAGAAAGUGUGUAGGGGCGAAGUGGUCAUAGCUUUGAAUAACACACACAAAACAAUGCUGUCGAUAUUUCCGUUAUAAUUCUUUCCUACUUGUUCUGUUGUCAAUAUAUGAGGAUUUGUUAAAGUUUGAUGUGAUUAACAUUUUUUGAGAAAAAAAAACUCUAAAUGAUCUUUUUCUUAUUAUUUCUGAUGUAUUUGCUGUGUCUGACAUUGCAGUUCUAGCCUGUUUUUCUGGGAUAGCCAAGUGCUCUCGUCUCUUCUCUCUUUCUCUCUCAGCCUGAGUCACGCAAUAUGUUUUCACUACAGAUUUAAAAUUCAGCAGUUACACAACCUGUCAUCUCACAGAGCCAUUUUAAUUCCAGCAAAAGCACUGUGCUGCCAAAUUCUCCGAGAAGUCGCCCUAAACAGCUGCUGGGUUUUAAUGGGAUUAUUUUUCAGAGCUUUCACCCCGGCAUAAUUUUCCGCUUCAGAAACACAGCAGCCAUGGGUUAUUUCAGUCAAAAAAAAAAAAAGUGCCACAGGAUAAAAAUAAUCUAUUACCUGUCCUGAGGAAAAAUGUCUUACUGGUUUAGGAUUAUGUUAAAUUUAUUUGGGAAGAUAAGGAGAGGGGCAUCGUGACUCAGGAGUUUUAGAGAGAUGACUUUUUGUUUCUAUCAUUAGCAAGAAAAAAAAUGAAGGAGAUUCACUGGAAAUCUAAUUAAAGAUUCUUAUGAGUUUAUUGUCCUCUUGUUUG